CCCCUCCUUCCCUUUCCUUCGAAGGGACCAACACAAAGCCUUCACACCUUGAGAAAUUGCAAUGUUAUUAUAGACUUGUGGUUUAAAUAAAACCAGCAUAUUUGAUAUUUUCCGGUUCCUAAAACAUCCAUUUUAUGAUUUUCUCCCCCAAAACUUUCUGCCUCUUGCGUGCUUAAAUCAAUUAGGUAAUUGGACGUUAUUGCUGUCUUUUAUCAAAGAUUUCCUAAGGAUGUCAACACCGCAACCUCAACGUCUCCGGCUCCUCCACUUGUUUAUCCUCGGCAUUCUCUCCUUUGCCUUGCUCUUCCAUCCUUCUCGGGCAGAUAUCGGCACUGCCAGCCUAUACAAUCCUCCUUAUUCUCCAACGGCUUGUUUUGGUGGUGACCGUUCACAAUUCCCGGCAAGCAACCUGUUCGCAGCGGCCGGAGAAAAGGUAUGGGACAAUGGGGCGGCUUGUGGGAGGCAGUAUUUGUUGAAAUGCAUAAAUUCAGCGGUGGCAGGAGCUUGUGUUCAAGGCCAACCACAGAUUCAAGUGAUCGUCGUUGACCGGGCUUUGACUUCCGUUUCGAAGCCUUCUAGAGCUGGCACUAAUCUCGUUCUCUCCAAUACUGCUUAUGCUGCCGUUGCCAAUCCUUCUGCUCCCUUCAUCAACAUUGACUUCAUUCAGUAGGUUCUUACUUUUUAGUUCUCUCAUAAUUUUUUUUUUAUUACUUUGUUGAUAAGAUCUGUAUACGUGUGAUUCAUAAUAAAAUAGUGAGUAUACAAAUAAUUAACAGAGGAUAAUUAUUUUAGAACGGAACUGUUAAGAAAGUUAUGAAGCUAAGGUUCAGGUUAUCAGUUACGAGGAAACAUGAUAUUCCCUUCUGUGUGGGUUUUCUACAUGUAAAUCAUCAAAGAUUCUUUAUAGGGGAUGUUAAAAUAGACUUGUUCUCCUUGGCUUGUAGCAAUUGGAGCGUGCAUGCAUGAGAGCCUCUUUUGGUAGUUCCUAAGCAACCGUAUGAUACUAUAAUAUUUGUUUUUUUUUUUUUUUUCCCUCCCUUUUGUCACAUACUUCAUUUGUUUCCAAUAAUGAAUAUCGACUUUUAUUUUACAUAGAGAUUGAUGAUUGAUGAAUCUUUGUAAACAAAAUUUUUAAAUAAUCUCCUCUUAGUUUAUUAAGAUAAUUAAUUUACUGGUCAUUUAUCAUGACGAGGGUGGACGUCGACGAAGAGAUACAACCUAUGAAUCAAUGAUAGUGAUGGUG